CUGAUCCCGCGCUCACCUACCGCGCUUAUCCGUGUCCGCGCCAGAAAGGUUUCCCUCCCUCGUUCCCUGUGAAUCCACGUCUUGAAACAUGAUGCUUGCUGCUUCGAUGAAUAGCCCCUCUCAACAAACCACUGAACUCGCUCACCAUCGCAUCAAGCGAAAGAGUUCUUGUGAUGACUCGUACCUGCACUCCCCGUCAUCGAUGGAAGAGGCGGCGUUCCCGCUGAAGAAGGCCAAGAUGACCUUCGAAUCUCAUUUGCAAGGAUGUUGCAGCGGCAACCCCGAGACGCCCAAAGGCAGUGAGUGUUUUGAAUGCACACAUGGAGAAAACACAUAUAGGGAUACCACCUAUGCUCCCUCGUUGCCCCAUGGUACCCCCACCGAUGCGUACUCGCCGCCUCAGUCAAGCAAUUGCUCCACCGACAGUGAUCAGCAUGAUGAGAAUCCGUCGCGUUCCCCCACCUGCGACGACGGCUAUGACGCCUAUACCUGUGCCGACAAUGGGUACGAUGACUACGCUGCUUUGGAUUCAAGUAGGGGACGUCGUACCCUGUACUUGGAGUACUGGAGUCGCACCGACGAAUGCAAAGAACGCAAGUGGGACCACUUGGACGAACUCGACGCAAAGUUGGACGUUUCCCGGGAAGAACAUAUUUUUGGGACGACGCUGCUUGGUCGAACGUCCUACAUGGAGCCCAACAUGUUUCCCUACGACACCCCCGAGGGCAUUGAGCACUGGACGUUGUGGAGCCGCCUGGAGAUGAACCACGACGAUGUGAAAGCGUACGUCGAAUCUUGGAUUGACACGAAUGCUCCCCAUGUGCAGGCAUGGAACUACGACGACAACCCGGAGCGCUCCAUCAACAUCUUUCACGUGCACGUGUACUUGCAAGUCGCCUCGUCGUCCACCAAGAACUCCGUGUUGCAAGGUCGACCCGUGGAGUCGUUGACGCAUUAAUCUGUCGCCCGUAAUGAAAUUAUUCUUAUUUAAUCAUA